GGAGAGAGGGAGAGAGAGUUGCAUGAAGGAAAAGUGGAAAACAAUAAUAAAGCUUUAAAUGCAAGGUGGUUGAAUCAGGUUGAUAUAGUAGUCUCUUUCCAAUAUUUCUCUUUUCUCUUAGGGACUAAGCAUACCCUUCUCCUCCUUUAUUAUUUAUAUUAGUCCUUUUGAGCAAAUCUUUAAGACAAAGGCAAAGAGAAGACAGCUUGAGAUGUGUAAAAGCUUUAUUUUUGUACAAAUCCUGAUGACCCGGACAAUGGAUUUUAUUUCCCACCCAUCUGUCUUAGCCUCCUCUUCGUCGUCUCUGUUUGUGAAUUUCUGUGAAAGAGUUAGAGAAGCCUUCCAUUUCGCGGUGUCUGCGGUUAUUGGGAACAUCUUCUCUGCGAUCUUCACCUUCUUCUUUGCAUUAGUGGGCACCUUGUUAGGAGCCAUGACAGGAGCUUUAAUAGGCCAAGAGACCGAAAGCGGCUUUGUUAGAGGGGCUGCCGUUGGAGCGAUAUCUGGAGCUGUUUUCUCCAUUGAAGUCUUUGAAUCCUCUCUUGUUCUUUGGCAAUCAGAUGAAUCCGGCAUUGGGUGUCUCCUCUACUUGAUUGAUGUCAUUGCAAGCCUUCUAAGCGGGAGACUUGUCCGCGAGCGGAUCGGUCCAGCCAUGUUAAGUGCAGUGCAAAGUCAGAUGGGUGCUGUUGAAACAAGCUUUGAUGAAAUCCAAAACAUCUUUGACACCGGCGGGGCCAAGGGUUUGCCGGGGGAUUCAGUUGAAAGGAUCCCAAAGAUCAUAAUUACAAACAAUAACAAUGUAGAUGCUUCUGGAGAGGAGGUCUCUUGCUCAGUGUGCCUUCAGGACUUUCAGCUCGGAGAGACAGUUAGAUGCUUGCCUCAUUGCCAUCAUAUGUUUCACCUACCUUGCAUAGAUAGGUGGCUCCUUAGGCAUGGUUCCUGCCCCUUAUGCAGAAGGGAUCUGUGACAUUAUUUCUGUAAAUUACAAACUGAAGAAAAUUUUCUUUUAUUAUUUAUACACUUCUUAACUCUUAGGGCAUUUGUAUUUUGUUCACUUGGUUACAUUGUGUUGCUCUGGUAGUUGGAGCUCACCACUUGAUUUCCGAUCAUGUAAAAAAAAUUUGAGUUUAUGACAGUUCUCAUUGCAUCUUUUGAUAUGCAGUCA